AUGAACACCGGAAUCUCGCCCAAACAGGACGACGGCUCCAACUCCAACCUGCUCAACAUCGGCCAGGACCAUUCGCUGCAGUACCAGGCCCUCGACCACAACGACCCGCAGUAUAGAGACGCGUCCCACCAGACCCCUCAUCAGUACUUGAACCAGUUUCAAGCACAACCCCAACAACAACAACAGCAGCAACAUCAGCAGCAGCAGCAGCAUCAACAGCAUCAACAACAACAGGCGCAGUACCAAGCGCAAUAUCAGCAGUCGCCGCAACAACAGCAGAAUGUGUAUUUCCCUGCUCCUCCGCAAUCGCUGAGACAGCCUACUUCGCAGUCACAACAGUCGCAGCAACAACAGCAGCAGCAACAGCAACAGCAACAAUAUGCGGUUUCGAACUCGAACUCGAACUCGAAUUCGAACUCAAACAACAACGUCAAUGUUAACUCAAUGCCUCAGGAUUUCGGCUACAUGCAGCAAAAUGUUUCUGGCCAAAACUACCAAACAAUAAAUCCGCAGCAAUUCUCCGAGUUGUAUAACUCCUUCUUGAGCCAUUUGACCCAGAAGCAAACAAACCCACCUGCCGCAGGCUCGAAUUCCUCUGCCAGCAACAACAACAACAAUAAUAGCAACAACAACCCCAGCAGUGGCAACAACAGCACCAGCAGCAAUCCUGCCCAACUGGCUGCUUCUCAUUUGAACCCGGCCACUGCUGCCGCCGCCGCCAACAACGCCAACAGCGCAGCUUCUUUCUUGACCCAACCUCCCCAAGUGCAGAGAUACUACACGAACAACGUGAACACGCUCUCUAAUCUUUUGGAUCCAGCCUCCGCCUCCGCCCAAGACAACCCCAACUCCGCCGCCCACCUCGGCCUGUUGCCGCCCAACUUGCCACCUCAGCUGUCUCAACACCAACAGCAGCUACAACAACAACAGCUGCAAUUGCAACAACAACAACAGCUGCAGUUGCAACAGCAGCAGCAACUGCAAAUGCAACAGCAACAGCAACAUCAACACCAACUCCAACAGCAGCAGCAGCACCAUCAGCAACAGCAGCAGCACCAUCAGCAGCAGCACCAACAGCAGCAGCAACAACAUCCAGUGGUGAAGAAACUAUCUUCCACCCAGAGCAGAAUCGAAAGAAGAAAACAGUUGAAGAAGCAAGGCCCCAAAAGACCCUCUUCUGCUUACUUCUUGUUCUCAAUGUCUAUAAGAAACGAGUUGCUGCAACAGUUCCCUGAAGCGAAAGUGCCCGAACUGUCCAAGUUGGCCUCAGCCAGAUGGAAGGAACUGACCGAUGACCAAAAGAAACCGUUCUACGAAGAGUUCAGAACCAACUGGGAGAAGUACAGGGUCGUCAGAGACGAGUACGAAAAGACUCUACCACCAAAGAGACCCUCCGGUCCUUUCAUUCAAUUCACCCAGGAAAUCAGACCCAAAGUCGUCAAGGAAAACCCGGACAAGGGUCUGAUCGAAAUCACCAAGAUAAUCGGUGAAAAAUGGCGCGAACUGGAUCCUGCCAAGAAGGCCGAAUACACGGAAACCUACAAGAAAAGAUUAAAGGAAUGGGAAAGUUGUUAUCCCGACGAAAACGACCCGAGCGGCAACACAACCCCUCACCCACUAAAGACCAUGAACAUGAAUUUGAAUAUGGACACUAAAAUAAUGGAAAACCAUGACAGCAUCGUUAACGACCCCGUCGCGGGCAGCAAUGGCAACACCACCGGCUCAAACACCCCCGUGUCAUCGUCGAUGUCAUUGCAACAGCAGCCACUCCAACAGCAACAACAGCAACACAUGCUCUUGGCUGACCCCACUGCAAAUGGUUCGAUCAUAAAAAAUGAAUAA